AAAAAGUCCUGAGUUCUGUACAGCAGCGCAGCUGUUGUGCUGGAUGCCGCCGGGCUAUAACUGAUCUAGCUUGCCCUCCCGUCCCGGCAUCUCUCGGGUAGGGCCAGAUGCCUUCGCGUCCAGUCAGUCGCUCCAAGUGUAGAGUAAAUUCGGUUUCGGGCGAGUGAUUUCGGUAUGGAAUACCUCCGAAACGCUGGAAAAUCCGAUGAUUCUUGAUGUUUCUGACCGAUUUCCGACUUUGCAGUCGAAUCGGGCCAACAAAACAAAAAUUCAGCUCGAUCGACCAUUAGAAAUGAUUAUUUGAGUAUCCGGACAGAGAUCUGGGCUUGUCCAGCUCUAACUCUGCAGCGAGAAACGGAUUAUCCGUACGAAAAUAGGAUGCAAGAAGGCCAAAGAGCACGAGAACCUGGAGUAAAUAUGUGUCAGGCUGCAGAAGGACAUAUGUGUGAGCGACCGGGAACCUGUUCUUCUCUAACACGCAACGUGAAAG